AUGAUGAACAGUGUGAAGAAGAGGCCGGAGAAGCUGGAUGUUCCUGCUUUGCAAUCAUUGGCAAGCGCUGAUCCUCGCUGGCAGGAAGCGCUUGGACACAAAACGAUCGAGCACGCGGUGGCCCGUCACAAGGAUUGGAUUCUGAAGGUGGCUCAGGGUAACAAGGGUGGAAGCGAGUUUGAAGUCAGCUUUCAAACCAGUUCCAACGGAUCUGAUGGAGGUCUCAUCGAGGCGGAUGCACUUCAAGGUAAAGAAGGGGACCGCGGCCAGGAUCAUGGAAGGUCCAAGAUAGAGGCUCUGAUGUUCUGGAUUUCGAAUCAAGAGCAUGCGGCCGACGCUCUCAACAAGGCAACCAACCACCUCGGGUUUGACAGGAAACUUCUCGAGAGAGUCCUGGCGGAAAAUCUUGACGCUGAGGACGACAAAGUGCGGGAGGUUCAGUGGGCUCAGCUGAGCCGCGGGGAGUUUGAAAUACUCUUUCUCAAACUUGCUGAGCAGUCCAACAUCACGGAGCCAAAGGGUGACGUUUCUUCUCCUGGCAGCGGCGCUGUAAUUGCGACAAUGCAUAUCGGCAGACCAGCUUCGAGCCGUGUCACCGAAGAGAUUCCGCCUGGACAAUGUUUGCCUCCGUCUGAGGUACGGCACGGUCCACCGAAUGCCUUCUCUGGCGAAGCUCGAGAAGAAUGCGAGGGAGCCAGCAAGCGGAAUCAACAGAAGAUGAGCGGGGUCCUAGCUGGCAAGAGGACGUGCCGGGAAUAUUUGCCGGAGUUGGCGGUUGGUGUGGAUCAGGAGGAAGAGUUCGACCCCUGCGCUGAACAGUGGCCCAGCGAUGACGAGUUCAGCAUCGGUGUCGACGAAGUUCCGGAGCGCCUCAAGGACCAAGCCGGGCAAGUGAUGCUGACUGGAGUGCAAGAUCCUUCUACCUCGGAAGCCAGGUCGUUCCUGCCGGCGGGGGUCGAGCCAGCUGCGUGUCCCUUCAGGCCCUUCUUCUUCUUUGAAAACGUGUCGAGAACGGCGCCCACCCUCGCACAGUCGGAGAGGAACUGGGGUGUCAUGUCGCGCGAACUGUACGGCAUCGAACCGGAGACCAUCGACAGCGCAACUGUCAGCGCCAGCCAUCGCAGGAGGAGCUACAUCAGCAACAUACCGAAGGGUCCAAGCCGAACCGUGCACAAGAGCAGAUUCCAGAGCAUACGGGACUUGUUUGGAGGUCUGGCCCGUUACUGGCCUGAUUGGGAUUUGCGACGGACCACCGGAAAGCUGCACACAAUCUGCACCGAGUUUCUUGACAAUUUGAAGCUUCGACGCUUCAAUCCAGAGGUUAGAGCCGCCUUCUCUGCUGGGGAGAUUGUUGGAGCGGAGACGAAAAGAACGCUGUACAGCCGGUCGCUAGUUUGGGUAGGGCCUAAUCGGGCCGGUCGAAUGUCUUUCGAGGAGAUGGAGAAGGUAUUGGGAUACCCGGAAGGCCACACGCGCUUGAUCGCGGACUCUUCCAGAAGACAGCGGUCCUUAGGAAACUCUCUCCAGGUUGAAACAGUGAUGGGCCUUCUCUCGCCGCUCGCUUCGUUGCAAGCCCCGGAGAUGCCGGAAGGGUUAGCUGUGCUUUCCAUCUGCGCUGGGAUCGGAGGCGUCGAGGUCGCGUUGCAGCGCCUGGGGAUUCUCGUCCGAAGGCUUGUCUAUGUCGAGAUCGACGACGACUGCAGCGCGGUGCUUGAGCAGUUCUGGAUGGAGGCGGGGCACCCGCAGACGAGCAUUGUCAGAUACAGAGACCUUUCCGACCCAACGUUGUUGGCGAAUCUGGACGUUGAGGCUCGACAAUGCAACGGCUUCGACCUCGUCGCUGGAGGAACACCAUGCAACAACUUCUCCGGCAACAAUCGGGUCCUGAAGGACGCGACCACGGGCAGGGGUAGAGUGGGUCUUGAUGGAAAGCACUCCCGUCUUUUCUACAACUUCGCUGACAUCUGCCGCAGGAUGGUGGACCUACAAAAUGAAUUACGGGGCACAGAGAAGAUAGUAUAUUACGCUUAG